AUGUUUAUUCAAAUCCGUAAGCUACAAGCAAAAUACGGUGACUUCUUCGAAUUCUACAUUGGAAAUAAACGCUAUAUCGGUUUACUCAAUGAAGACUUGGUAAAGGAAAUUAUGAAACCGACAAUUAAUGGUAGUUUUUUUCCACGUUAUGACGAUUACGGUGGAUUAGAAGAAUUAGGACACACUGACUCCGGGAUUGCUUUUAAUAACGAUUAUGAUAAAUGGCGAUAUCAUCGAAAAUUCUUCUCAAAAAGUAUUUUAUCGCCACCAUUCUCUAGGCAAGCAUUGAUCUGUGUGCAAGAUGGAUUUAGGGAGAUGAGCAGAUAUUGGGAACUAUUAGGAGAGGAAGCUAUCAUAGAUUUUCCAGAAUGGAUGAAAAGAUACUUUAUGGAAACAAUUGUGACCACUACUAGUAGUAAACCACCCCAUGCCUUAGCCAAUUUUUAUAAAAAGCUGUCUAAUAGGAAAAUUGGUAAAGAGGCUGACGAAAGUGAAUUGUUCGUAGAAGCCGUUCAAUUUUUAAAUAAUAUCGUGCACUGGUUUUUGUUCGUUCCUGCAUAUGUUCGCCACUUCCCUGGAAUUAAUUCACGCACUAAUAAGUAUAAGGAAAAAUAUUUUUGGUUGAAGAAUAAUGUUCUUGAGACGGUUAAAGCUAGACGAGCGGAAAUCGAGGUAACACCCGAGGAUCAACAACUUAUUCCAGAUAUGUUAACCAUGCUCUUGACGGUCAAUACACCACGCGACAUUACUGAAAGAAUUGCUGAUGAUCAAAAUGAUAAACCGAUGACCGAUGAAGAAAUUGUUGGAAAUUAUUUUGAAGCCCUAUUAGGUGGAAUUGAUAACGGAUCAAAUGCCAUGUGUUUUUUAGUUUAUUACCUGUCUCAUUAUCCUGAUGUUAAACGAAAGUUACUGAAGGAGUUUGAAACAGUCGUCGGAAAAAAUCCCGACAUUAAGAAGAUUACCCUCGAUGAUAUUAACAAGCUUGAAUACACCGAAGCUUUUAUUAAAGAAGUAAACAGAUUAUUUCCUAUUAUCCCUAAUAUUGGAAAACGAAAUAGAGAUCCUAUUGAAAUUGGUGGCAUGACAUUCCCGGCCAAUACAUUAUUUCUCACAAAUAGCUUAGCUCUUUACACGCAUAAGAACCAAUGGUCCAAUCCCAACGAAUUUAAUCCUGACCGAUUUUUAAAGUCGAGUCCAGAGAGCAAAAAUCCUUUUUACAUGUUCGGUUCAGGAGAAAGAAAGUGUCCCGGAAGAAAUCUAGCAAUGAUAGAACUCAAGACUACAUUACUCAUGCUGUAUUCAAAAUAUGAUGUAGAGCUCGUAGAUAUGAAUGCACCCUUAAAUUAUAACGGAAAAUUCCUGAGGGCUUGUGCUAAGUUAGAAGUAAAGAUUAAAAAACGACGAGAUUUGGGUUUUGUUGAGAGUUAG